AUCCGGGAGUCCUGUUACCUGUGGCACCAUCCGGGAGUCCUGUUACCUGUGGCACCAUCCGGGAGUCCUGUUAUCUGUGGCACCAUCCGGGAGUCCUGUUAUCUGUGGCACCAUCCAGGCAAUCCAGGCAUUGGCUUAACUACUACUACAAGGUUCUACAAAACAUAAUCAAACUUGCACAAGCGCAGUUACUGCUUACAACAAUAUGCAUAAUAUAAUUGAAUCCUACUCGAUUUGUUCAACAUUAACAAUUUUGGCCAUCACUUAUUACAAGGGUGACCGUGCUGUUCGACACGGGGUUGUUCUGCUGAACAGCUCUGGGGAGAACUGGAAGGUUCUUUUCCUUCCCCCCCCUCGCCUUGUGAGGUAAACCGUGGGGAGCCAGUGGUUUCUGCAGCCCCUGAACUGUUGGCAGCCAGCGGAUCUUUCACCCGUUUCUCUUGCAGGACAUGUUCCCUGUGGCCUCAUCUGCCACCCCGACAGGGAGCACAUCCUGUACCCCCUGGGCUGUACGGUGCUGAUUCAGCACCUGGACACUAAGAAACAGAGUUUCUUGCACGGCCACGCCGAUAACGUGUCCUGCGUUGUCGUGUCCAGGGAUGGGAUGUACGUCGCUUCAGGACAAGUCACCUGCAUUGGAUUCAAGGCAGACGUCAUCCUCUGGGAUUUCCCAAAGCAGGAGUUACUUGCUCGGCUCUCGCUGCACGAGGGCAAAGUCGAGGGACUCUCGUUCUCGCCCAGAGGCAUUUAUCUUGUGUCCCUGGGAGGCCAGGACGACGGCAGGGUGAUGGUGUGGGACGUCAGUAAGAGAGAGGCUGUGUGCGGGAGCCCGGCCUCGCCGCGCAGCGCCGGCAAUGCCAACGUCGUCAUGUGCUCCAGCUGCAGGGACGAGAUGUUUGUCACUGCUGGAAAUUUCACCAUUCGAGUGUGGGAACUCGACACAGCAACUAAAACAAUCCAUCCAUCUGAAUGCUACGCGGGGCAACUGAGAGGAAUCAGCGUGUGUGUUCAGAUGACAGACGAUGAUGGUGAUUUUCAUCUUGGCACGACGAGUGGAGAUGUCCUGAAAGUGAACACAAGCAGCAAGGUGCUGACUGCCUGUGGGCCCCAGAAGAAGAAGUUGAGCAUGGAACGAGCCCUGAACGACCACCAGAGGACACUGCGCGUGCUUAGAGUAGUUCCAAGGUGUUGCAACUGA